ACGCGCGUCUACCGCGACGUUCGUCGCUGUCGCAAAAUGCGCCUGCUCCGAUUCUGACGUCGGAACAAUGUUCCCGGUCUUUCUUUCCGUUUCAACUUAAUAGCUCUCGUCUGAGCAGAAAGCGAUGAGUCUUUCAUAAAGUUUCCACCUGACGUGUGUCUCUUCCAAACCAGGCGUUCACCGUGUGUCUUUGUUGAAAAGCUAGCUAUGAGAAUAGCUAGCGAGCUCUGUUCGCUCACCUGACAUCAACGUCUCGGCUGUUUUCUCACCUAAAAGGGGGAAAAACCCGCCAACUCAAUCUGCCUCAUUCUUCAGGCCGAACAAUGCUAUUGUACCAUUUCGUAGACGAAGUCAACAAAAUGUCCGAAGAGCCUAGCAAUGCGGCUCACACAAGCGUUUUGUAAACCGUUCAUUCGGCUGGAAACCAAGCAACUGGUCAUCGUGAAGUUUCCUUAAUGACGGACUUUGAACCCGAGUUAAAGAGAGCCCGGCUUGAAUCCUCAACGUCUCCAUCAAAACCGUCCCACCGAGGCUCAACAUUAUGCAACAGCAACAAUAAUAAUGGGACAUUAGAUCAAGAAAAGACCAGCGAAAAGAUGAAUUCGAGGACAAAGGCUGACAUGGAUGCUUUGCGAGGCGUCAGGACGAAAACCUCCCAGCGCAGGAUCGGCUCCAGGCAGCAUCUCUCCAGAAGCACUCUGGAAAGAUGGUUAUUGAAGCCCACUCCAAAUCCGAGCAGUUCUGAAGCGAUGGUUCAAGAUGACCCUCGAAGCCCCCAAGGUGGCUCUCACGAUGAUCGCGGUGCCAUCUCUGACUCUGAUGAAGACACCCAACCUUUGUCCCUUCAAGACCUGGACCGCAGCGGCCUUGUCUCCGCUAUGUCAGUGGAUUCAGAAAGUCAACGCAUGCUCCAUGCUGGCAGUUCCGAGAAACAGGAAGUGGCGUCGGGCUCCACAAGUUCAGCGUGCUUUCUCAAAGCCAAAAUAACAGACUUCUUUUCAGGAGCUUCGUCAGCAGGCUCACGGCGAGAGAAGCAUGAUAAGCGCCGUGAAAAACAAGACACUGAUGAGGAAGAUGAACCCGAAGCCACGUGGCUCGGGACAACGGUCGGUGAGCUACGGCGGAUGCCCCAGUGCGGCAGACCACUUCCUCCGCUAAAGAACGUUCCCGGCGUCCACACAGUGAUGAUCAGGACGGACCUUGUUGGUCACGCAACCGUACCGUAUCCUGCCACAUUUGAUGAUACCUGGGAUGACAUUCAUGUCAAAAUGCCUUGUUCAAGCAGAAAUCUAUUUCCCGUACAAGACGAGGAAACUCGAGAACUCCAGAACAAGAGUCGGUGGGAGCUGAUUAAGCAGACGUUGAAGAGAAGAAUUCGAAGCACUCCUGAACUGAAGAAUGCCAUCUUGAAAUAUUGCGCUUCCACUGCCAAGAAGUGGGACUUCACUGCAUUACAUUUGUACUGCACAAAGGUCCUGGAGCCUGCCGCCGCCGAGCAUCUGUUUGGCUCCCUGCUGCCAAACCUGGUGCAAUUAGCGCUGAGGGCGUCGGAGCUGUGCACCAAGCCCAUCCCGCUCCUCAAGAGGGGCAGCAACCACUCCAUCAGCAUGUCGCAGGAGCAGGUGGCCUGCUUGCUGGCCAACGCCUUCUUUUGCACCUUCCCGCGCCGCAACUCCCGACGCAGCGAGUACGGCAACUACCCGGACAUCAACUUCUUUAGGCUGUUUGAAGGCUCCUCGUCCAGGAAGAUCGAGAAGUUAAAAACUCUAAUGUGCUACUUCAAAAGCGUCACUGAGCAUCAGCCCACUGGCCUGGUCACGUUUACUCGAAAAAGCCUGGAUCAUCUUCCAGAUUGGGAAAGCUCAGAGACUCUGCUCACAAAGCUCUACAUUGCAUCCGAAGGGACCAUUGAGGAUGAUGGUUACGGAAUGCUGCAGGUGGAUUUUGCCAAUCAAUUUGUGGGUGGAGGAGUCACCAGUUCAGGCCUGGUUCAAGAGGAGAUCCGUUUCCUCAUCAACCCCGAGCUGAUCGUGUCCCGCCUCUUUACCGAAGCUCUGGAUCACGACGAGUGUCUGAUCAUCACGGGUACACAGCAGUACAGUAAAUACACGGGUUACGCGCAGACGUACAAAUUCGGCGGCAGCCAUCAAGACACCACUCCCAGAGAUGACUGGCAAAGAAGAUGCACUGAGAUCGUGGCCAUCGACGCUCUGCCGUUCAGCAACUACCUGGAGCAGUUUCAUCCAGAGGGAAUCGAGCGGGAGCUCAAUAAGGCCUACUGCGGCUUUGACCGCCCAGGUGAACACAGAGACAACCUUUCCGCGGUGGCCACGGGAAACUGGGGCUGCGGGGUUUUUGGCGGCGACGCCCGCCUCAAAGCGCUGCUCCAGAUGCUGGCAGCUGCCGAGGCGGGACGCGACUUGGCUUAUUUCACCUUCGGAGACAGCCAGCUCAUGACAGAUGUCCACGGCAUGCACUCGUUCCUCACGCAGAGGCGCAUCACUGUCGGGGAGGUGCACGAUCUGAUGGUGCAGUACCACAGCGACAUUUGCAAGGGCUGCGGCAAUCGGCGCCCCGACGUCAGCCUCUACUCCUUCAUCUACAGACAGGUGGGCUCCUCCCCGCCCACCCAGUGACUCCCGCCGGACGACGCGUCCCUGCGGAUGACUCUUGGUGUCAGGUGACCCGCGAGUCACUGUGCCUUGGGAAUUACGAAACGCACAUCCACCAUUGAAAGCCCUCCUAAUUUGCCUUCCGACCCCCGGUGGGAGAUGAAUGCCAACGAACUGGACGCUGUUUAUUUGACAGUACAACAAGUGUGAUUUUUUUUUUUUGAAGCGUAGGUCGCCGUCCGUCUCCUGUCAGUUUGCCAUUUCUUGUUCCAGCCGCGCAAUUGCAACCUCAUUGAAUUGGCUGUCAGAAAUCUCGUUCCAGGCUAACGAGAGCAAGCAUCGGAAAGCUUGGGAGUCAUCGCUGGCCGAAGAGGGAAAAAAAGCGCAGAAUAUGUUCGUGCACUGAAGAUUGUACACAAAUCCGAGAUCGAUUCUUCCUUUUCCACAACUGUACCGCUUGCGUUUGAAGCCGACACGUUUCAUGAAUAAAUGACAGGUUGCCUGUG